AUGAUCACACGAUAUAGAAGCCACUAUUCUCGAACUAAAAACUCCUGCACCAGAUAUCUUCCACAACAUCUUAAUAUUACCACAAUGUACUUGCUUUAUACUGAAUGGUGUAGAAAAGAAAAUAAAACUACUGUUAAAGAAUCAUACAACAGACGUAUUUUCGUCAACGAAUUCAACCUUAAAUUUCACAAGCCUCAUUCUGUUACCUACCAUACCUGCGACAGGUUAAACAAUAUGAUGAUUAUUAGUCCAGAUGAAGAAGUUAAGAGGCAAAGUAAAACUAACCUUACGCUACACCAAAAAAGGGUUGAAGCUAUAAAACAGACGAAAAAUGUUGAUACCAGUUACGGUAAAUUAAUUCCGGCAAAGUGA